GAAGUGAUGGACCUGAGUAUGGUUGAAGGAAUCUAUUGUUAGUCGGAAAUGAUGGCUGCGGUCAGGGCGGAGCAGUUGAGGUCGACGGAUGUACCAGAGAGGGAUAUUGAGUUGGCCAUCACUGCCCUUAAAAAAGGUGCGCCAUUGCUCAAAUAUGGUCGUAGAGGAAAACCCAAAUUUUGCCCCUUCCGGUUGUCCAAUGAUGAAUCUGUUCUAAUAUGGAUCUCUGGCAAAGAGGAAAAAUACCUUAAACUAAACCAAGUCUCCAGAAUUAUACCUGGUCAGCGCACUCCAAUAUUUCAGAGGUGUCCUCGGCCUGAAAAAGAAUACCAAUCGUUUUCCCUUAUAUAUAAUGAGAGAUCACUUGAUUUGAUUUGCAAGGAUAAAGAUGAAGCAGAAGUAUGGUUUACAGGUCUGAAGGCAUUGAUAUCACGUGGUCAUAACCGGAAAGGAAGACCUGAAUCUAGAAGGGAUGGAAUUUCGUCUGAAGCAACUAGUUCUAAAGAACAUACCAGAAGAAGUUCACCUCUGAGCUCGCCAUUUGGUAGCGGUGGUAGUUCACAAAAGGAUGGGAUGAAUUCCCUUCGCCUUCACACUCCGCACGAGAGUCCUCCUAGAACCGGUUUAGAGAAGGCAUUGUCUGAUGUAAUAUUGUAUUCUGUGCCCCCCAAAGCGUUAUAUCCUUCAGAACCUGCUUGUGGAUCAACCCAUUCUCUGUCGUCAGUAGGUUCAGAUGGAGCAGCUGGGUACAUGAAAGGCUUGAAUGAGGAUGCUUACAGGGUUAGUUUAUCUAGUGCUGUUAGUUCAUCAAGUCAGGGGUCUGGUCACUAUGAUGGUGAUGCUUUAGGUGAUGUUUUUAUUUGGGGUGAAGGCACCGGUGAUGGUGUGUUAGGUGGAGGAAUACAUAGAACUGGAAAUUGUAGUGGUAUUAAGAUAGAUGCUCUUCUGCCUAAACCUUUGGAAUCUGCAGUUCUUUUGGAUGUUCAGAACAUAGCUUGUGGAGGGCAACAUUCUGCUCUCGUAACCAAGCAAGGAGAGGUUUUCUCAUGGGGAGUGGAAGCUGGUGGCAGAUUGGGGCAUGGUGUGGAUUCUAAUGUCUCCCAUCCGAAACUUGUAGAUUCUCUUAAAAAUAUAAAUGUUGAACUUGUCGCAUGUGGAGAGUAUUAUUCUUGUGCUGUAACGCUUUCUGGUGAAAUGUAUACAUGGGGUGGUAGCUCGGGCAAUUUUGGUAUACUUGGUCAUGGGAGUGAAGCAAGUCAAUGGGUUCCAAAGAAACUAAAUGGACCUUUGGAGGGAAUACAUGUUUCAUCGGUGUCUUGUGGACCAUGGCACACAGCUGUUGUAACUUCUGCUGGACAGUUAUUUACUUUUGGUGAUGGAACAUUUGGUGUUCUGGGACAUGGUGACUGUAAAAGCAUAUCUGUACCCAGGGAAGUGGAAUCCCUCAAGGGCCUACGCACUGUCCGAGCAGCAUGUGGUGUUUGGCACACUGCUGCUGUUGUUGAAGUUAUGGUUGGGUCUCCAAGCACCAGUAAUUGCUCUUCAGGAAAGCUUUUUACAUGGGGGGAUGGAGAUAAAGGUCGUCUCGGCCAUGGUGACAAAGAAGCUAGAUUAGUGCCGACUUGUGUUGCUGCUCUGGUUGAGCCUAUCUUUUGCAAAGUAUCCUGUGGUCAUAGCAUGACUAUUGCGCUUACAACAAAUGGGCAUGUCUAUGCUAUGGGAAGCCCUGUUUAUGGGCAAUUGGGGAAUCCUCAAGCUGAUGGAAAACUUCCUAUCCGUGUCGAGGGGAAGCUCGCAAGGAAUUUUGUUGAAGAAAUAUCUUGUGGUGCCUACCAUGUUGCUGCUUUAACUUCAAAAACUGAAGUUUACACUUGGGGAAAGGGUGCAAAUGGACAGUUAGGUCAUGGGGAUACAGAUGAUAGAAGUUCUCCAUUUCUUGUUGAAGCUCUAAAAGAUAAACAGGUUAAGAGUGUUGUUUGUGGUACAAGUUUUACUGCAGUUAUCUGUCUUCAUAAAUCGGUGUCCAGUGUUGAUCAAUCAAAAUGUUCUGGCUGCCGUCUUUUGUUUAAUUUCAAAAGAAAACGUCAUAACUGUUAUAAUUGUGGGCUUGUAUUCUGCAAUGCAUGCAGCAGUAAGAAGUCUUUUAAGGCUUCCAUGGCACCAAAUACUAACAAACCUUAUCGUGUUUGUGAUAAUUGUUUUUCCAAACUCACAAAAGCUCCUGAAACCAGCUCUUCGAAUCAUUAUGCUCUGAGUAGAAUAGGAAGUAUGAAUCAGGGAUCAAAUGACAGCGUUGAGGAGGUUAAAAGGUUGGAUUCAAGAAACCAUGCCCAAGUUAGUAGAAAUGCUUCAAUUGAAUCAUCAAAAGGGUUCGACAGUGGAUCUUCAAGAAACAAGAGAUUGGAUUUUAAUAGUACUCGAGUUUCACCUUUCCCAAAUGGAGUUUCUCAAUGUGCUCCUCAAAACAACCCCAAAACAUCAAAUGCUCUAUUUGGUUCAUCCAAGAAAUUUUUUUCAGCUUCUCUUCCUGCGUCACGAAUUGUAUCUCGAGCAACAUCACCUACAUCUAGACGAUCCAGCCCACAUCGUGCUACAACACCUACACCAACUCUGUCAGGAGUUUCAUCAAAGAAAGUUGUGGAUGAUGCUAAAAGGGCAAAUGAAGGUCUAAGCGAAGAAGUUGUUAAAUUAAGGACUCAGGUUGAGGAACUUACUCGCAAAGCACAACUUCAGGAAGCUGAGCUGGAAAAUACCACUAAACAGCUGAAGGAAGCCAUAGCAGUAGCAACAGAAGAAACUGCAAAAUGCAAAGCAGCAAAGGAAGUCAUAAAGUCACUCACUGCUCAAUUGAAGGAUAUGGCUGAAAGGUUACCAAUGGGAGCAGCAAGAAGCAUCAAUUCACCUUCCUUUUGCUAUUCUGGCUCAACUCCUCCUCGGGAUGUUUCUUCUACUGGCAGUGACCAAUCAGGCGGUCCCAUGAGUUGCCAUGAAAUAGAUUCAAAUGGGCCAAACAGCCUAGUGAUUUCUAAUGGGUCAGGAUCCAUUACUAACAACCUUUCAACUCGCACUGAAGUUUAUCAUCCGGAUGGAUCUGCAAGGAAUAGGAACCGAACUACUAAAGUUGAACCCACCCAUGGGGAUGAAUGGGUUGAGCAAGAUGAACCUGGUGUAUACAUUACCCUUGUUGCAUUGCCUGGAGGUAUCAAAGAUCUUAAGCGUGUUCGGUUCAGCCGGAGGCGUUUCAGUGAAAAACAAGCAGAACAAUGGUGGGCGACCAACAGGGCUAGAAUAUACCAAAGAUACAAUGUUCCCUUGGUCGACAAACCUCCUGUUGGUUUAGCUCAUUGACCUGCUGAAUCAUGCUACACAAUCCAAAGUUCUUCGAGCUUUCGAGGCUGAACCAAGGUAAGAUGCCCUCGAUUUUGUUUUCAUUUAAGAGGGUGCGUAAUAGUAGUUCGUCGAUGCGGAACAUGAUUUUAGCACUUAAAAUUUCCUCUGUAAAUGUAUCUGUACUAUUGUUGAUUUAGGAGAUAAACAGAGACGAGGGUUGUUAGAAUUGAUUUUCUGUAAGUAGGCUGCCCUACGGCCUUGUAUUCAAAACAGAUUGUAAAUGUAUCAGAACUUA